AUGGCUCGGAAUAUUAUAAAAUUAGGAGCCUUAGAAGCUCAGAAAACAGCGUUUCUUUUAUGUGACAUACAAGAAGUAUUUAGACCACACAUUAAAUAUUUUAGCGAAGUUGUAAAAGUAGCCAACAAAAUGGUAGAGGCAGCAAAACAUUUCCAAAUACCUGUAUAUGUAUCCGAACAGUAUCCUAAAGGGUUAGGCCACACCACUAAAGAUAUUAACAUAGGGGAAGCCGCAAUGGUCUAUGAGAAAACUAAAUUUUCAAUGGUUACUCCAGAACUAGAAGGGAGGUUGAAAAAAGAUGUUCCAGGUUUGAGUUCCAUUGUAUUAUUUGGAAUAGAGUGCCAUGUAUGUAUUGAACAGACUGUGAUUGACCUUAUCAAUAUGGAUCUAUCUGUUCAUGUAUUAGCUGACGGAGUUUCUUCAAGGUCACUUAUGGACCGAGAACUAGGAUUAAAGCGUCUCCAGUCCAUUGGUUGUUUUGUUGCUACAUCAGAAAAUGUCUUGUUUAAAUUAAUGAAAGACAAAAAUCAUCCUGCCUUCAAACAAAUAUCCAAACUCAAUUCUCAACCCACACCUGAUGAAUUUGGCCUCACUAAGUCCAGCUUAUGA